UCCGCUGCGUUCUUCACUGUAGCCAGAUCGUGUUGUUGGGUUCUAAAGUUUCAAAACCUUCAAAAGCUAAUAAACUUGAUGUGAAAACCUAAGUGUGCUGUUGGUUCUGUGAAAUCGGAUCGAACUCGCGAGCGGUGGUUUAGCGCGAAGCCUUAGAAGACUCGGCAGCGUGAAGGUGUUUUGCUACCCUGCCAGGGAAAAUUCCGUUCCGGGUGGAAGCAAAAACCCCACGAUCAUCCCCGUUGUGGGAUAGUCCAGCAGCAGUUCGAGUGUGGUGCGCAGCGAAGGAUUUUUUGCGCCAGCUCGUCGAAGGUAGAUUGUCUGUAAAGCCACUAGAACACAGCCACGUACGUGCGAACGCAGCGAGGAGUACAGCAAACUGCAAUCAAACUGUUCCCGGAGAAGGUGGUACAAGCAACUUACUGUGCACCAAGGCAAGGACGCACUACAUUAGCAUACCACUAGCAACCAGCCAGCCAGCAGCAGCAGCAGCAACAUCAGCAUUAUGUCAAGUGGUGUUGAAGAAAUCCUUUCCUACAAGCGCGACUCGAAGGAGGACCUCUAUGCGCUGCUGAACUGCAAUGAAACCUCAACGGUUGACCAGAUUCAAGCGGAAUUUAAAAUAUUGGCCCUGCAGUACCACCCGGAUAAAAACGCUGGCGACAAGGAGUCGGAAGCAAAGUUUCAGCAGUUGAAAGAAGCGAAGGAAACACUGUGCGAUCCGGAGAAGCGGGCCAGCUACGACAAGUGGCGCAACAGUGGCAUCCAGAUCAGCUACAAAAACUGGCUCGGAAUGAAAGAGCACGUCCAGCAGAGCAUGCACUGGGCUAUCCCGAAGACCAAAGACCGAAUGCUACCGGACGGCGCCGGUGCUUCCGGCCCCGGUGCUGCAGGUUCGGGAUCCGGGCUCAGUGCCGCGCAGCCCAACCCGGCCCACCGGCGCGCCUCGGAAGGCGGAGCAGCCCUCUACUACGGCAGCCGGAAGGGUGAAUGGGGCACAGAAAACUCGAGCGAAGUUGUCAACAAGUUCCGCAACUAUGAGAUAUAAAGCGGGUCUGCAGUAACCUCAUACGCAUGCCGUUUCACUCUAUGGCACGUCUAUCGUUGAACCUGGCCCGCCUUUUCUAUCUUUACGAAACACGACAUAGUAAGCAGUGGGAAUUUAAGAAAAUCAACCACUCCUCCCCUCCUGAGUCGAUUGAAAGCACUUCGAUAGUUAAUUGCGCCAUGAUCUGAUUAAGAGAUGUGCUAGGAUGGCCCUCUUUUGUUAGUAGUUAGUUUAGUGUUAGAUCACUGUUUUAUCAUCAUUGUUAUCAUUGUUAUUUUUCUUUUUUUUACAUAAUUUUUUACCUCUUUUGUUACUAUCUACUAACAUUCCACAGUGUUGACAAAAAUUCGUUAGCUGGGCCGAUAGGCAACAAAAAGCACAUCUAUUCAAUGAACCUAUAACAAAUGAUUUAUCUCAAAAACUCCGCAAUCCACUUGCAGGGAUUUAUGAUUGCACGAAGAUGGUUACAAAAUAGCGGCAGUACACCCCAUACUGAAAGAGUGCACCGAAUGUGAAGAAACGUAUAAUUUACCUACGAAUGUAUGUCGCAUGGCAUGAAACAUUCCAGACGCCAUAGGCAAUUUAACCAAACAUUGCAGUAGAUCACACACAUUGGCGAAGACAAAUUUCCUCCUAAAAUGAGAUAGAGAGAAAAACAAACCCAAAAUUCUCCCCGAUCAUGAUCUCUCGUGCUCUCAGUAUUCCCUUCUCUCACUUAAAAUGCCGUAAUCGAUUGACAUUGUACAUUUUAUUUAUGCUAAGUGGAUGAUGGUAAUUUUACGAAAAGCAGAGAAGUUAACCAUGCGCGUAUAGGGUUGUAACUUAGCAAACGAUGACGACAAUGGUUGCGAAUAUAUGUGUGCCGUAACGAACCAAAACUAAACAUCCAACUUCCGCGGAACAGCUGUUCGGAAGGAUCGGCAAAAUAACCGCCGAGAAUCAUUUAAAUUUAGCAAAUGCAAUGAUGUAAGACGUCAAAACACGACAAGAGUAAUGAUUUCCAUAAGAACCGGGUUUAAAACGCAUAAAACAUAUUUGCGGCGUUUACCUCAAAGAUUUGCGGCUCGCAACCAAGCGACCUUGAUUGAAUAGAACACCAUUCGAAACCAAGCAAAUCGAACCGAUGCUCUCUAUUUUAUAGUAUUUUAUGGUACACACUGUGGAGAAUGCUGCGAUGCAUACGACAUAUACCUACCCAUAUACCUUUUUACCUUAUAUGUGGUAUAUCUAUAGGAGAAAGAGAGCUUCGCUUUCGACAAUGUACCAUUUUAAAUCAAGCUAUGUAGGUGAUAAUGUGUGAAUGUAAAACCUCCGUACCAGUUGUGCUCUAUCUUAUCGCCCCACCUCUCGUCCCGCCAGUCCAACCGAGAAAAUCUGCUAAGGAUGUGCUGCAAAUGUGCGUAAGUGUAUGUAGGAUGCCUAUGAAGCAUGUAGCACGCAUUGACAUUCCCUCUGCAAUGGCGCUGGUGCUGUGGUGGUGGAACCUGUGACAAAACUUGCAUGAAAAGAAAUCCCUUUUUGAGAUAUUUUUAACUACCCGAAAAAACUGAAGCACCUCUUACCAAAAACAACCAAACGUUCUAAACUAAAAAAGACACAUGCAAAAAGGCAUCCCUAAACGCCUGUGCUUAGAAGCACAACGGUUCACAUCGGAAGAGUAACAGUACUCAAAGUAGCAAUUUAAAUGUCACUGGAACUUGGAAGCAAUCAAAAGAGAAAAAAUAUGAAACAAACUGAAACUUUACGGAACCUGAAAAAACCUGGCUCUCGAGACUGAAUGUGUUUGGGUUUAUUUUUCCAACUAUUUAUAGAAACACGUGUUUUUAGAUUAGCUCUUAACGUGGAUAUCCCUAAACACAAACCCACACGCACUUUCUUCCGUUCGACAAUUGCUUCCGGUAAGGUAACCGAUCAACUACUUUCACACUAUUGAAGACAAAAAAAACCUUCCGGGAUGGGACAUCAGCACUGUUCCAGAUGUUGCUCUGCAUAGAAUGUAGCACAAAAAAUGUCCCUGUGAUGCAGGAACCCAGAUUAUGCGUCUAUUGUCGUUCUACGUUAUAUGUCGUAUCAGAAGAUAAGGAGAUUUAUAAACACAUAAAUGUGAGGAGAGAUUGCAGCACAUACGAUGACCAGAAUUUGUUACCUGCGAUGACCUGCUGUUAAUUAUCUUGUUAUUGGAAGCUCUGAAAAAUAACACUAAUCUUAAUAAUAUUGCUAUUCAUUACCAUUACUUAAACAGGUGCCAAGAAGGUUGGAAAAACAAUAUCAAAGUGUAGAACCCAUGUAUAACCCCGUUAUUCGGCAGCAAAUCGAGAAUUGAGCGUAAAGCUAUGCAUGUACAGAUCUAGUUGCAAUCAGGUCAAAGGACCAAAGCUGAAAAUACGCGCCCCUAUAAGGGGAUGAUCCCAAAUGUGAUUUUACGUUGUUGUUCCUAUCCUGUAUCCCUAUCUUCCGGGAAUAUAUUAGCAAACGUUGGUUAAAAAUUGUACGGACUCAGCGGUUCAACAGUUCGACGGCAUGAUAGAUUCGAAUGCAUAAGGUAAAAGGAAAAUCCAAUCUUUCUUAAACUGACCUACAGGCCCAAACACAGCCAGACACCCUGCAAAGCUGAAACUUGUUAAAUACGUUCCAUAGCAAGCCAAGAUAAAACAAUACGAUACCAAUUGAAGUUUGUUGUGGAGAAUUCAGUUGUGUGCAAAUCACAUAUUCAAUGUUUAGCAGUACCCAUAUACACAAGAGUAUAGUAACAACUACUGUUACUACCGACAACAACCAUAUGAAUGCAUGAAGGAAGAUAAACACUACAGUACACAAAAUACAGAUGAUAUGCCUGUAUGAAUACACUGCACACACACAAAAUAAACAUACACUCACAUACACAACCAUCAUGAAGAAAUACACAAGAUGAUGCACGCCCGAGGCGAAACAUUUGCAACACUAAUUAGUUUAAAACGCAUAAAACAAAGCAAAAUAUUAUAAAAAAGCGAUCAAUGUAUGACAAAGUGUGCUCUUCACUUCCAGCCGUUUGCAUAGCGCGCGCAUGAUCCCUGCGCAGCGUUAAACUUUUCUACAAAAAGUAACAACCGUUAGUGGAGCAUACCAGCUACCGAUGGCAGUGGUUGAUGCUCAACUUUACCCCUUUUACACACUGAAUAAAGUAACAUUUUGCAACUCUAUAGCGAAAAGCAUUUGUCUAUG